ACUCUCUCUCUCAAUUGCAGUCGCUAGAGAAGAAAAGGCGAAGGUGGUGGAGAGACAUGGCGAAGGAUCGCGCGCGGAAGAGGCCCAACCUCCUCCUCACCGGCACCCCCGGAACGGGGAAGACGACGACGGCCACCGCGCUCGCCGACGCCACCCAGCUCCGCCACGUCAGCGUCGGCGACCUGGUCCGGGACAAGGGCCUGCACGACGGCUGGGACGACGAGCUCGAGUGCCACGUCAUCAACGAGGACCUGGUAUGUGAUGAGCUCGAGGAUGUGAUGGAACAAGGUGGGAACAUUGUGGAUUACCAUGGGUGUGACUUCUUCCCCGAGCGAUGGUUUGAUCUCGUCGCCGUGCUUCAAACUGACAACUCUAUCCUCUAUGAUCGCUUGAGUAAGAGAGGUUACGCUGGGUCGAAGCUCUCAAACAAUAUAGAAUGUGAAAUAUUCCAAGUACUGUUGGAGGAGGCAAAAGAAAGCUACCCUCAAGACAUCGUUUUGGCAUUGAAGAGUGACACCGUGGCCGACAUAGACAGGAAUGUAGCUUCCUUGACAGAGUGGGUCAGGCAGUGGCAUCCCAUGUCCUGAUGCCAGUUUUUAGAAGCUCUGCCUGUGUGUUCUUGUAACUUAUGAAUCUCAAACGCAUUACUCUUUUCCUUCCCCUUCAAAGUCACAGGUUGACAUAUCAAUUUUGGUGAACCGUAAGUGAUGAUGAUGACUGUGUUUGAAAGACAUGAGACCGAGGCUAAUAUAGUUCUGCAUUUAGUAUUCA